AUGCCACACAAAAAUGUAUUUAUUUUAUCAAAGGCUAUAAUCCUUUGGUGCUUUCGUCCUGACCAAUGUAUUGGGUAUUGUGUACACAAUACUUUUCACAGCACACGCCCACUGCUUAGUAAACAAUACGUAGUAAAGUUACGAGUAGCUUCUAGCAGCUACGAUGAAGCUGCCAAAUUUGUCAGCAUAAUAGGUGGCUUAUCUGUCUUUAAAAAAAAAGAAACACGAGAAAUAGCUAUGGCAGGAACAAUAGACGCAGGGCUUCAGAAUUCCUACAAGACUGUAGAAAAAUCGCUUAUCCUCAACAAGCCACUUGACCAGACUGUAACUUCGCAGAUUCCUGCUGCUGUGCGUCAAGCUUUUGAGGAUAUUGUGGCUGGACGAUAUGGUAAUGUCAUUCAAAACAGCCCAGUAUUCAAGGAUGCCCAUGAAGAUCGCGCAAUUAUCUUAGAAACCGGAAGUGUUGAAGAAUGGAUCACCAAACGCCUCGCCAGCUUAGCCAAAGAUGACGAAACUAGCAUGCACCUUCUUGCUACUGGAAUUGCAUGUCUUAAUGCAUUUGUUCAGAUCAACUGGACCGGUCCCAUAUUCAACCUUGCCUUUGAGUCUCUUUUUUCUGCUGGUGACAAGGAAAUCGAAGAAACCCUAAAGUCCAAGAUUCAAGCCAGCUGUCUUUCUUCCCUUUCGGCCGAUAGUGAAGAAGUCUACCAUUUGACAGAACAACUGGGUUGGUUGGCUGCUGCUCGCAAAAUCCUUUUGAACGAUGAUCUGCGUCACUCUAGAUACACCGCCGCAUUCUGGGCACAGCGCGCUGUCUUUAUCCAACAGCAACUUCUCGAUGAAGGUUCCGGAUCUAUCCAGAGUUUGAUCAUUCUCUUAUCGGCCGAAAGUUCUUCCAAAUUCGGCAUUAACAACGUAGACCUCGAUAAAGAGACUUUGGCUCUCAAGGUCCGCCAUAGUCUCGAGAUGGGUCUCAUCUUGAGUUUCUAUGGCCAGGACAAGGAGGCGUUUGAAAAGAUGACCGAGUCACAAAAGGCAUCUGGAUUUGAGUGGUCUUUGACGGGUGCACUUGGUAGACGUACCAAGUUCCAGACAUUCGAUGUCUCUCAGCUCGUUGUGCAUGCCGAGAGUAAGAAGGAAGAUAGCACCGCCAAUACUGAUGAAGAAGCACCUAGACCAGAGACCUUGGAAUUAGAUGAUGACACUAUAUUGGAUGACGUAGCUUAUGCAAAGACAGAAGAGAACGACAAGGAUGAAUCUAAGCGCCACGGAAACCUUAACAUUAUCGAUCAAUGUCUCUUACUCGCUUUCUGUCUCAAUGUCAAGAACACCAACCCUGACCACGGUAUCACAACCGAAGAAAUGAACCCUUAUGUUGUGCGUGUUCUAGGAAACAUCAACAAUUGGAUGGUUCACACUAUGGCUCUCUUACUCCGUACCCGCCUCGAGGCUCAUAAAACAAGAACCGUGGAACGCUCGGCCCUUCAGCUCCAGGCCCUUGUAGAUCAAAUCAAGGUAGAUGAUUCUGGACCAGAAGAGCGUCUGGCAUAUUUUUACGACCUGCUGUUGCCUAGCAAGUGGGAUAUGGAGCGUGAGUUGGCCGGCAGGUUUGUCUCCCUCGGUGUUGUGCGUUCUGCCCUGGAGAUCUUUGAACGCCUGGAGAUGUGGGAAGAUGUGAUUUCAUGCUACCAGAUGCUCGAACAGCCACUUAAGGCUAAACAAGUCAUCGAGCGCUUAAUGGCCGAAAACCCCAACUCCGCCAAGCUGUGGUGUAUCCUUGGUGAUAUCGAGGUGAGCCCCGAGUAUUGGAAAAAGGCCUGGGAGCUGUCCAACCACACCUUCGCUCGCGCAAUGCGUAGUCUGGGGUCUUAUUACUACAAGCAUGAGAACUUCCCUGAGGCCAUCGAGUGUUACAAGAAAGCCCUGGACAUCAACCCUCUCUUUGAAGGUUCUUGGUAUGUUCUCGGUUGUGCUGGUAUGCAAGCAGAGCAAUGGGAUGUUGCCAUGCGUGCCUUCCAGCGUGUGGUUGCACUGGAUCAAGAGCAAGCAGAGGCAUGGAACAACCUUUCCAGUAUCUAUGUCCGCCUUGGCCGCAAACCCGAUGCCUUCUUGGCUCUUAAGCAGGCUACACGCAUCAAGUUUGACAGCUGGAAGAUGUGGCAGAACCUACUCUAUGUUUCUGUUGAUAUCGGUCAAUUUUCAGAUGCAAUUUGGGCCAUGCAGCGUAUUGUCGACAUGAGAUGGGAUAAAGAGCGUGAAGACGCUGUUGAUGUACCUGUCUUGCGCCUGAUUGUUGAGAGUGUGAUCCAAAACUGGAAGGAUGCCCAUGACCGUGAUGGUUCCAGACUCGCAGGCCAGGUUCAACGCCUAUUAGAAGAUGUUAUUCUGGCACGCAUCACCAGCUCACCAGAUAUCUGGUCUAUCUGUUCAAAGUUUUACCUCUGGCAGGAGCGUUACACUGAUGCCCUGGAGGCAUCACUCAAGGCUUACAGAGCAGUUAUGCAUGACGUACGGAUAGAAACGGAUGAACGUGUGUUUGAUGAAGUAGCCAACCUGGCUUUGGACACUGUGGAUAUGUAUGAAACCUUGGGCGAGAAGAAGGAGAACGGUGCUCUUGUUUGUGCAGACUGGAAGUAUCAGGCUCGUCUGAUCGUCAAGGGUUUGAUGGGCAAAACCAGAGAUAACUUUGAGGAUACCGCAACAUACGAGCGUCUUAAGGAAAGAUUGGAAGACCUGAAGCGCUCCUAAAUAAUGAUAAAAAUAUGUUAUAGAAGUAUAUAUAUAUAAACAAAAUGUGAUCUUUCAAGUAAUAAACAUAUACAAAGUUUACAAUUGCAUGUUAAGCAU